AGCUUUUCGACCUUGGGGAGUACAUCGCUGACACAAAUAUGGAUUCAAUAUUUCGUAAGAUAUAGUAGAUUAAGAUGUAAAUAAUUAAGAAUUCCACCAGACUAUAAUGUGAUGUCAAUUAUUGAGAUUCGUAUAUAAUAUACCAGCCUCAACCAGCCACACAACAUAACCUAUAUAAACUACCACCUAAAAAGUAUUAUGAGCAUGACGAAGGAUGUAUUGGUUUUGGUAUGUUGAAAAGCUCGUUUUUGAUUUUCCAAGUAGUUUUCGAAAUAAUUGGGAAAACUGAAAUCAAAAAUAUAAAAAAUCCAUAAGGGUGUAAUAUAUUACCAUUGGUUGGCGAUUUAAUUCAUAUCCAGUAUUUCAAUAUGGGUGCGCCGAUGGUUAAAAAAAAAUCGUUAAGAUUACACGUUAGGAAGUUAUAAUAAUAAUAGGGCAUAUUCCAGUUUUUGAUAUUUCGUGGCCAAACAAAUUAAAUUUCUAUUGAAAUAAUUUUCAAUUAUUUGUUUUACGACAAUCUCAUGAUGAUUACAAGAUUACAUGACUGUCUAUUCUAAUUGAUAUUAUGCUACAUACAGCAACCAUAAUUUACCUAGUUGUUAGUAGCGUAUAGUGCAUACUCAAUAAUGUGUAUUAUGAUGACGUAUGUUUGUGUAUACACAAAUCAAUAAUAAUUGCUAUUAUUAAAUAUUAUUUUAUACAACUUUUUUAAUAAUUUAACACAUGUCUAAACAUUAUAGUGAAAUAGUAGCUAAGAGUAGGUUCAGAGCAUAACAAAAACACUGCGAACAUAUUAUAAUAUCGCAAUAUUCUUUUGGUUCUGAAGUGAUGGGGUUUAAACUCAAUAGUUCCUCCCCGUAUGUACGCUACUGCAUUUUUUCGUGGAAUAUUGUAUGUCUAAUUCUAAAAAUCUUUAAACUUUACUAGGUUUUUUGCUCAUAUUACUGCAUCACUGUAGUUAUUUUGGUCGGGCUGAAAACCCUGUAGUUAUGUAAUAUGUUCGUUUAUUAUAAAACAUAAUCCAAUUAAAAUAUUUUUUUUAUAGAUAUCAUAUUUGGAUACGAUUUGAGACAGCAACUAUCUGGCACUUUGAGUACAAUACGCAUUGGUGUAGAAUUGUAUGAACUCCAUAACAUCUUAGUACCUAAUUUCAAAUUGCAUUAAAUGUCGUCGUUUUCUUUUUUAGAAUUUCAAAGAUGAUUGGGCUGAGAGCUUACCAAAUUUGGUUGCAUCCAAAUUUCAUAUUCAAAUUAUACCAAAGGUUGACCGGAAUUUCAAAAACAAUAAAUAGUGGAUAUUAUAUUUUAGAUCAGGUAGAUAACGAAUUAAGGUAUAUCCCGUCAUUUCAUUUAUGUGUGCUGUCCGAAUAAUUUAAAUAUUAUAUUGCGGAAAUAGACUAUCAGUUAUCGUGGAAAUAUUAAUUUGUACUUAAAACAAGCCACAGGCAUAUAGAAAAAUAUCGUGGAUUUUAGAUUCUGAGUGGAGUAAGGAAUGUAUAGUUUUCACAAAAAGGUGUUUUUUCUUUUUUCCAUGAACAAGUUUUCUACCAGCAAUUUUGCUCCAGUUUACAAUAAUAGCACUUUUUUUUGAAAGGGAAUCAGGUUGAGGAGGUAUUUUAAGUAGCUUUUUUUUGAUUUUAUAUUUUUGUUUAUUGUCAUUUAAACUAAAUACACAAACCAUACGAAUCAAAUAAAAAAUAUGACCUAAUUGGUCUUUUGAAAUAUAAGUCGAAUAAAAACUUUGUCCAUGAACCAUGCGAAGUGUCCGUUUAUAUUAUGGAUAAGACGAUUUCAAUGAAACUUAUAGUUAACUCUUUAAACUAUUUUUUAAUAAUUGAUAAGCCUAAAUUCAUUGAGUCUCAUUCAAUGAAUUAUCAUGACGCAUUCCGAGUAGCAGGGUNUAAAAAAAACUAAAAAUUAAUCAUGAGCAUUGAAAUCGAACUAUAUAACAUUUGCAUUAUAGACGCCAUAUUAAAAUUUAACCCUACCUAAAUUAUUCCUACAUAAAUAAACAUUUUUAUAUCUAGUAAAUUGGAUUUAAGGUUAAGGAUCGUUAUAAGUAGGGAGCAAUAAUAAUCUCUCGGACUUUAAAUAUUAAAUUAAUAAUUAUUAGAUUCUCGCUAUUAAAAAAGAAGAAUUCAAACAGAAGAAAUCAGUAAUCCAAAAAUACUCUUCGGAUUUUACCGAUGAAAAACAUGGUGAGUCUAGAAUUAUAAUUAUAUGAUUGUGUCCGUGUUAUAUGUUUUUUUCUCAAAGGUUCUUCAGAAAGUUUGUUGGAAAUGGUUUUGAAAUUAAGCGAAAAAAACGAAAAUUUUUCCGAUAAAUUUAUCAAAGAUGAGAUAAGCUUCUUUUUGGGCGCUGUAAGUACGAAUAUUUAAAAUGAUCGCACCCAUAGUCAAGUUAUACAUAUUAUAGUCUGAGUACACAUUUUUAUUUUUUUAUGAUUAUUAAUGUUCCAGGGCAGUGAAACCAUGACUAUCACGACUAGUUUUUGUUUUUUAAUGUUGGCCAUUCACCAAGAUAUCCAAGUAAGUAUAUUUAUCAUUGGUGCUGUUAAUUUUUUUUUUAUAAAGCAGUUUCAGUUAAAUCGCUUUAAUGAAAUAAACUUCAUAAAAUUCAAGGGGAAAAGGAAUUAAGAGCUAUAAUUAUAGCAGCGUACUAGACAUUCCUGUGCUUCACAUUUUUCCUAAUCAUAUCAAGUGUUCACCCAUGUUGUACAUAAUAUUAAAGAAGAUGAAUUCGGUAAUAGCUAGUAGUCAUUUCCAUAUUUAGUUAAAUAUUUAAAAAGCUAAUACAAGGGACAAGUGUGGCCACAUUAUGGGUUGACAUUUGGUAACGUGAGAUUAUUUAUGUUCUUCAAUUUAUUUCUGUAACCAACAAUAAAUCUUAGUUAUCGAAAAUCAAUUUGGAGCGAAGUUCGGUUAUACAUGUUUUAAAAGGCCGUACAAUUUGCGAUACUCGUCUAAAUUUGACUUCACACUGUUUUUCUGUCUACUUAGUACGAAUUGUAUUGAACCACUCAUUUAAAUGUCUAGAAAUUAUUGGUAACUACCAAUUAAAAAUUACGUGCAAAACUUACAAGUUAUAAUGAAUAUAAAUAGCUCAAAAAUAGCUAAAAUGUAUUAAUAAUUGUAUAAUAUAAUUAUUUACUCAUUAUGAUCUUUUAACAUUUUGGGAAUAGAUAAGUAUUAUCUGCGUGUUUAAUAUAUUUACUAAAAAAUAUGAUAAAUUGUUAGAAUAUAGCAUUUAAACGCUAUGCCACAUAAUAAUAAAACAAAAAGUUGAAAUCAUAGAUAUCAGAGUAUAGCAGAUUAGUCAUAAGUCAUAAAUUAAAUGGUGAGUUGACAUUUUGAUCAUCACUGAAGUUCAACCAAAAGUAUAACUGUGAUAUGGCAGUAACAAUUUUUGUCUAUUAUGAAUAAAGUCUCUGUUGCACAUCAGUAUCAAAAAAAAAUUGUAAUGUGAAAUAAUUAAUGUACUACGUACAUUGUACAUAUUUUGAUUUUGAAUUUUAUUUUAAUAUAAAAUCUUAUGCAAAUGAUGCAGUUAUAAUUUUUAUAAUUUUGUAAUUGAUCUCUACAUACAUUGUUUCUGAUAUAUCAGAAUAAGGUGUACGACGAAAUAUACAAUGUUUUCGGUGACGGUGACUAUAUAAUUACCAUGGAAGAUACCGCCCGACUAGUGUAUUUAGAACAAGUGUUAAAGGAAACAAUACGAAUGUACCCACCAGUACCGAUAAUUAUCAGAGAAAUUCAGGGAGACAUUCAAAUUUGUGAGUACUUACGUAAUAUUUUGUUUGUGUCAUAUCGAUUUAUUUCAUAUUUUAAUAAAGAUAUAUAUAUAUAUAAUACGUAAUAUACAGGUUGAAAAAUCAAGCGUAAGAUAAUGAUUAACUCGAAAAGUAUAAACUUAUUUUUGAAAUUGGCUUCAUAAAAAAAUUUAAGUGUAAAGAAUCUUUAAUUUUUUAAUUUUAUAGUAUUUUCCGUCAUUUACAUUCUUUGUGAACGAUUGCCUAUUUUCGAUUUUCAAAUAACAAAACCUCUGUUUUAAUAAUUGUAAAAAUAGAUGGAGUACAAUAAGUUAAAAUAAAUUUUGAUGUUGAUGUGAUUGUAAAUCUUCAACAAAAUAUCCUUUAUGGACAAUUUUCAAUAACUUUCUUAUUUUUAGAAAAUUUAAAAUUUCAGAACUGGUUGUUUUUUAAAUGAUUUCUAAAACAAAUUUCGAAAAAAGUUUAUACUCUCCGAGGUAAAGGGUGACCUGCGUUAGAUAGAUCACCUUGUAUAUCAAAUCGAAUAUUAACAUUUAAUAAAGGAAUGCAUAAAAUAUAUGAUAUUCAUACAUAUUAUUAUCAUUUAUAUAGCUUCUGGUAAUCAUGUAAUACCCAAAGGAACGGCGUGUGCUAUAAACAUACUGAACACGCAUUAUAUUCCUACAUUAUACCCGAAUCCGCGUGUUUUUAAUCCAGACAACUUCAACAAGGAAAACAUCGCUACACGUCACAAAUACAGUUUUAUGGGUUUUAGUCGCGGUGCAAGAAAUUGUAUAGGUCAGUCUAUAAUAUUAUAUCCCAGUGCUUCAAUUAAGGGUGAGGCCCAAAAAAACAUUAUGGUUCAUAACAAUGUUUUUCUAGUUUUUUAUUUAUUAUUAUGAAUAGCUCCAUGGUAAUUAUGAAAUUUCUUGUUGAACCAACUAGGCUACAGAAGCUUUCCAUUCAACUUUUCAACAGAAACCACCAUCCUUAAAGUUAAAUAUAAGUGUGAGAUAUUUGGUAAAAAUUUGUUAACUGACAAAAAAAAAUCAAAUUCAAAACCAGUAUGAUCCAAAAUAGUUAUAAGUUAUGUAAAUAAAAUUUUGAAUUAUAUUUAAAAUUUGGUAUAAAGUCUUUAUGUCACCCUUGUUUUAUUUUCCCCAUUAGAGAAUUGCGUAUAUAAAAUACUCAAAAAUAGAUAUAAACGAGGUAUACUCAUUAACACAUGUUUUUUUGAUUUACUUCGAUUACAGGGAAUCAGUACGCUAUGCAGUACAUGAAAGUUCAGAUGUCUAUGAUAUUGCAAAAUUUCAGCGUACACACAAACAUAACAAUGGACGACAUCAAAUUGAAGUCGGAUAUAUUGUUGANGUUACAAUUCGACGGAGAAAUACACCGUCUACGGUUAAAUAAUAUCUACUUAGAAAUAAUGCUGUAGUUUAAUAACAUAAAAUUCGAUUCUCGAAAUUCAUUUAAACGGUUUUCAAAUAGGUUUUUGAAAAUUGUCGAUUUUGGUUUUGGUUUUUUUCGAAGUUUUUUAAAUUCCAACAAAAUUUAGUCUUUUUUUAAAUCUAUCAUUACUUUGAUAAUUAGGUCGCUAUUAACAAGUUUUUUUUUUUUUAUCAAUUAUUAUUUUACUAAAAUAAUUCUUUAUUUUUAUAGGGAUCUUAUAAUGGAUAAUAAUUAAAUCUAAAUAUAAUUAUUAUAAUUUAGAAAAACAAAAUAAAUGUGAGCUAUAUAAAGGUUUAUGAAUAUACAAAUAAAACAUUUAUACAACAU